AUGUGGGUCUCCUCGGCCUUUUCUUCCGCAGAUUAAAUUGCGCACCGUUUUGGCAAGACUACUCGUAAUCCGUUUAUUUCUGUACAAAUUCACAUAAGGCGGCUCAUACAACCGUCAAAAUGCUCGCCACCAUCCGCAAACAACUCAGACACCACCCAGCCCUCAUCCCCCUCUUCAUCUUCAUCGGUGGGGGAGCAGGUAUGUCCAUGGCAUACCUCGCUCGUCUGGGCCUGAGAAACCCUGAUGUGUGCUGGGAUCGCAAGAACAACCCAGAGCCCUGGAACAAACUUGGCCCCACUGAUCAGUACAAGUUUUACACAGUGAACAUGGACUACAGCAAGCUGAAGAAGGAUCGUCCUGACUUCUAAAUAUCAAUCUGCUGGACCAAAAUGCACAAAGAUCGGCUUAUCCGCACAAACAGCCACCUUGUGAACUUGUUCGAGGAAAUCUGAGGGAUGCAGAGGCAAAACCCGCAGUGAUUCAUAUUUAAGUUUCCUCAUUGCAUCCAUUUGGUUUUGGAUUUGUCAUUUUCAAUGGUUGUCAAUAAAGUAAAGGAGUCUUUUCUCCUCCAUACAGAGAAAAGAA